AACUGUGACAGCCGGGACGAGCAGGCGCACAGUGGAGAGGUGAGCACGCCGCGCAUCAGCUGGAAUGUCUGCGACUGACAGUGCCGCGUCUGAUACAGACAGUGUCUCGGAACUGUCGGACAGCUGUGAUUCAGAGACGUAUGACACAGUUGAUUCGCCGUUCUUGUUCGACCCGCCGCCACGACGGCCAGUCGCCGAACGUCAAGCCCUGGCGUUGCAGUAUCGCGACGAGGGGUGCACUUGUGGCGAAUGUCGGCCUGCGCACAGGGAUGAAAAUGUGUGUUGCCGCCAGGUCCCGGCUGUUCGGGGCCUAAUGAAUGGACUGGGCAGCAACUGUAUCACGCACCACACGCUUUUCCCACUCCUUUGCUUGGUCGGCGAUUUAUUGGAAAUAAACAGGCGGCAACUGGAGUUCUACAACCCCACUUAUCUCGAGCACGCCGACAGGAAUAGAGCUCUGAGAUACACCGCCUACCGUUUGUUUGUUUGGUGGGUCUGGGGCCGCCUUGGCAGAGGAAAUCGCCAACCCCUGCCCGGUUGUGUGCUGCACAGGAUAAGGAGCACAUUCCCAUCAGCUAAUUAUGAGCUGUUUUCCUGGGUGUAGCUUCAAGGCAUCUCACAGAAAGUUGCUGCAGGAGAAGCUGAAGUGUUCACCUUCACGAAUUUGAAGCCAGGCAAAGUGCAAUAUUUGUGCAGUGUUAACAAUAAAAGUUGAUGUACUAGCAGUUGCAUUACACAUCACUCUGGUUGCUAUUACAGCAAGACAAUUUUCAACCCUUUGAGGUCUGUUG